AUGCGACUCAUCAACUUUAAGCUUGGCGACGCGUCCGAGGUGGCAUCCAAGCACGACUUCAUCACCGCCGAGGAGUACGAGAGCGGCGCCAGCGAGACGGUUCCCGGCGACCGGGGCGGGGGUUACAACCUGCAGGGCCUGCUGGACACAGCGCACUAUGGCACGGAUGCCGCCACGGAGGAGGAUAGUUGGCAGGUAGACGCCUCCGACUCAGCCUCGGAGAGCAGCCUGUCCAGCCCGGCCCUCGCCUAUUGCCUGAACUGCUCCGAGCGGCGCCACGGCGACGUGUGCGAGACGUGCGGCCACGACGCGGCGGUCGAUCCUCUGACCGUGGCGCCGGUGGUGGACUACGCUUGGCGCCGGCCGGACGUCGACCGGGACGUCGCCAUAGUGUACGACGACAGGAUGACGAUGCACCAGAAGGGGAACUCCAGCCCACACCCAGAGAGGCCGGACCGGCUGAGGGCGAUCAUGUCCAGGCUGUUGAGCUCGGGGCUGGCUGCCCGGUGCAAGAGGAUCGAUUGCAGGGAAGCCACCUUAGAGGAGCUGCUAUGUGUGCACUCUGAACAGCUGGUGGAGAGGAACAAGCAGAUAUCCGACUCUGUGUCCAUGGCCCCUGACAAUGCAUCCCUGCGCCUGAGCGCGGACCUCUACAUCAACAAACACACCUUCCAGUGUGCAAAGCUGGCGGCGGGUGGUUCCGCCCAGGUCGCCGCUGUGGUGGCCAGGAAGGAGGCCUCAGCCGGGGCGGCCAUCGUGCGGCCGCCCGGGCACCAUGCAGAGAGCGGCAAUGCUAUGGGUUUCUGCUUCUUCAACAAUGCGGCAGUGGCGGCCAGGGUGGCCCAGAGGAACGGUGCCCGGAAGGUGAUGAUUGUGGACUGGGAUGUGCACCACGGGAAUGGGACACAAAACAUCUUCCAGGACGACCCAUCGGUACUGUACAUCUCCCUCCACAGAUACGACGGGGGCAGCUUUUAUCCUGGCACAGGUGGGCCCACAGACGUAGGCAGUGGACAAGGGAAGGGCUUCAGCGUGAACAUACCCUGGGACUAUGAUGGCAUGGGCGACGAGGACUAUGUAGCGGCCUUCCAGCAUGUGGUGCUACCGAUCGCCUCCGAGUUCAAGCCGGACAUGACCAUCGUAUCAGCUGGAUUCGAUGCUGCGGAGGGUGAUCCACUUGGUACGUGGGCCUGUGUGGCGUGCUGCUGUUGA